AUGAAGGAAGUGAAGGAACCAAGGCAUCGUAAAGACAAUAGGCGCCCAGACCAGGAGAUUUACAAGCCUGGUCUCUCCCGACUGAGGGGCAAGGUAGUGCUGCCUAAGCAGGAGGCUACAGAGAAGGAGAAGAGCAGAGCUGAGGAGAGUUCCAGUGACAAGGGUCUUCUGGGAGGAGGGACUUCAGUCCCAGAGGAUUUUGGCAGAGCUGGUGGCCCCAGCCAGAACAGUCCUUUGCAGGAAAGUGAAGAGACAGAGGCUAAAGAGGGUCUUCACAGCCAGGAGAACUUGUCCAAGCAGCCUGCUCCAGAUGAGUGGUGUCCCAAGACCACCAGGAGAACCAAGAAGCCAGACCAGCAGAUCUACCAGCCUGGGAAACGGCUGCACCCAGCUGUGAAGGACCCGUCCCUGUGCUCAGCUGCUGAAGAGGUCACCAGCAGGAUGGAGCAGCUGAAAGUCGAGAGAGAUGAAGAGACUGAGAAAGGUACCGGAAAAGACAAUCACAGGAAAACCAGAUCAAACAAGGAGGAUAGAGGGGGGAGCCUGGCAGGGGAAGGAGCCAGAGCCUCGAGGGGCGAGGCGGGGAAGCGCGCGGAGCGCAGGAGGGCGAGCGAGGAGGCGCUGCCGGGGAAGCUGGGCUGCCCCAAGCGCUAUUCCCGCUCCGACAAGCGGCGCAGCCGGUACCGCACCUGCAGCACCAGCUCAGCCGGGAGCAGCAACAGCGUGGAUGGAGUCCCCCUGGUGGAUGGGGUGGAGAGGAGGCAGGAGCGUGCCAGGGAGAGGAUGCGUCCUAGGAAGCAGCUUUCUGCCUCCUCGAAUCUGGAGAAGAAAAAGCUUAGUCGAGCUUCUAGGAGCGAGAGCGAGUGGAGCAGCAAUGGCAGGGAAGUCAAAGGGCACUUUCGAGUCACGUUUGACAGCAAAACCAUGAGCAGGGAUGUCAGUCUGGUAGAGACAGAGAAAAAAAAGCCCCCGAAGGCGUUUGUUAGUUACAAUGACUCAGAGGCUUCGGAGGCGAGGAGCCAGAGCAGAGAGCCCCAAGGGAGGGGCCGUGGGAUUCUGUUCCUGCCUGCCAACACGGACCUCUCUGCCAGCAGCGCGGGCUCCCCCGAGCCCACCCACCCUGGGCCCAGGCUCCUGCUUGGGGGGGCUGGCAACAAAGGCCCCCGAAGCCGUGGCCGAGGUGGCACCGCUCGCAGGCUGUGGGACCCCAACAACCCGGACCAAAAACCUGCCCUGAAAAGCCAGACCCCUCAGCUGCACUUCCUAGACACGGACGAUGAAGUGAGUCCCACCUCCUGGGGGGAAGCCCGCCAGGCCCAGACAUCCUACUAUAAAUUCCAAAACUCUGACAAUCCCUAUUAUUACCCUCGGGCCGCUGGCCAAGGCCCCCAGUACCCUUACGGGGGGUACUCCCUGCAGUAUCCCAUGGGUCCAAGCAAUGGCGUGUACCCAGGAGCCUAUUACCCAGGGUACCCUAGCCCGGUGGGGCAGUACAUGUGUGGCCCACUCCCUCCCACGCCUCUGAGUCCUGAAAUGGAGCAGCAGAUGCGGAACAUGCAGCAGCAGGAGCUCAGCAAACUCCUCCGUGAGGCUGGGAACCAGGAGCAGCAGCUCAGCAAUCUGCUUUCCAGAGACCGCAUCAGCCCGGAGGGGCUGGAGAAGAUGGCCCAGCUGAGGGUGGAGAUGCUGCAGCUGUACGAGCGCUGCAUCCUGAUGGAUAUCGAGUUUUCCGAUUCCCAGAACGUGGAUCAGCUGCUGUGGAAAAAUGCCUUUUACCAGGUGAUUGAGAAGUUCCGACAGCUCCUCAAGGACCCCCAGGGGGUAAAUGCCCAAGAAAUUCGGAACAAACUGCUCCAGCUUCUAGAUGAGGGUACUUCUUUUUUUGAUGGCCUGCUCCAGAAACUUCAGGUGUCCUACCAGUUCAAGCUAGAGGACUACAUGGACGGGAUGGUCAUCCGCAGUAAACCUCUGAGGAAAAUGGUGAAGUACGCGCUGAUCAGCGCCCAGAGGUGCAUGAUCUGCCAAGGGGACAUCUGCCGGUACCGGGAACAGGCCAACGACACCGCCAACUACGGCAAGGCACGCAGCUGGUACCUGAAGGCUCAGCAAAUUGCUCCCAAAAACGGCCGCCCCUACAACCAGCUGGCACUUCUGGCCAUCUACACGAGGAGAAAGCUGGAUGCUGUCUACUAUUACAUGCGCAGCCUGGCUGCCAGCAACCCCAUCCUCACAGCCAAGGAGAGCCUGAUGAGCCUGUUUGAGGAGACAAAACGCAAGGCUGAGCAGAUGGAGCAGAGGAAGCAUCAGAUGCUGGAUCUGAGCCCCAGCUGCCGGGUGAAGGGCAAGAAGUCCAUGCUGCGACAAGUUGGAGAUGAUGCCACCAGGCUGGAGAUCUGGAUCCAUCCCUCACACCCCCGCUCCUCCCAGGGCCACGAGUCCGGCAGGGAUUCGGAGCAGGACAAUGGUCUUGGGAACCUCAGCCCCAGCGAUCUGAACAAAAGGUUCAUCCUCAGUUUUCUCCAUGCCCAUGGGAAGCUGUUUACCAGGAUUGGGAUGGAGACUUUCCCUGCGGUGGCCGAGGAGGUCCUGAGGGAGUUCCAGGUCCUGCUGCAGCACAGCCCCCCUCCCAUCGGAAGCAACCGCAUGCUCCAGCUUGUGGCAAUCAACAUGUUUGCAGUGUACAACUCCCAGCCCAAAGAGUGCAUUGCUGAGGACUGCCGCUCUGUCAUCCAGGAACAGGCCACAGCCCUGGGGCUCUCCAUGUUUGCUCUCUUGGUGAGGAGGUGCACCAGCCUGCUGCGGGAAUGCCUGCAAGUUCAGCCACGAGAGGUGGAACAGGAGGAUGAGGAGGAUGACAUCAAGGUCUCUGUCUUGCCCCAGGACCUGAAGGAACUGCUCCCUAGUGUGAAGGUCUGGUCAGACUGGAUGCUUGGCCACCCAGACACCUGGAAUCCUCCUCCAACUUCUCUCGAGCUCCCAAAACAGGUCUCAGUAGAUGUGUGGGCGACGCUGGCUGACUUCUGUAACAUACUGACCACAGUGAAUCAGUCGGAGGUGCCCUUGUACAAGGACCCAGAUGAUGACCUUGCCCUGCUCAGCCUGGAAGAGGAUCGGCUGCUCUCGGGCUUCAUUCCCCUGCUGGUUGCCCCCCAGGAGCCCUGCUACGUGGAGAGGACCUCGGACAAGGUUAUUGCAGCCGACUGCAAGAGGGUCACAGUUCUGAAGUAUUUCCUGGAAGCCCUUUGUGGACAAGAAGAGCCUUUGCUGGCAUUCAAGGGUGGAAAAUAUGUGUCAGUGGCACCCGUCCCAGACGCCAUGGGAAAGGAAAUGGGAAGCCAAGAGGGAAAACAACUGGAAGAUCAGGAAGACGAUGUGAGGAUUGAGGCAUUUGAAGAUGAUUCUGAGGCUGAAGUCAGCGGAGGAGAGAUGGACAUCAAGGAGCUCAGAGCCAGGAAGCAAGCCCUGGCCAGGAAAGUGGCUGAGCAGCAGCGUCGUCAAGACAAGAUUCAGGCUGUGCUCAAAGACCAGAGUCAAAUGAGGCAGAUGGAGCUGGAGAUCAGGCCUGUCUUCCUGGUCCCGGACACCAACGGCUUCAUCGAUCAUCUCAGCAGCUUGAUAACCCUGCUGGACUGCAGGAAAUUCAUCCUGGUGGUGCCCCUGAUCGUGAUAAACGAGCUGGACGGCCUGGCCAAGGGCCCGGAGAUGGAGCACCGGGCUGCAGGCUAUGCCCGCCAAGUUCAGGAUAGAGCCAGGAAGUCCAUCGAGUUCCUGGAGGAGAGAUUUGAGACCCGGGACAACUGCUUGAGGGCUCUGACCAGUCGAGGCAACGAACUGGAGUCCAUCUCCUUCCGCAGCGAAGACACCACCGGCCAGCAGGGAAACAACGAUGACCUGAUUCUGUCCUGCUGCCUCCACUAUUGCAAUGACAAGGCCAAGGAUUUCAUGCCCUCCAACAAAGAUGAUCCCAUCCGUUUGCUCAGGGAAGUGGUUUUGCUGACAGAUGAUCGGAACCUGCGAGUCAAAGCGCUGACCCGCAACGUGCCGGUGCGGGACAUCCCCACCUUCCUCAAGUGGGCCCAGGAGGGCUGAGGGGGGGCCCGAGUGGGGCCAACAGCCCCCUGAGCGAGUCACGCAGCCUGUUACGGUUGGAGACCAGCUUCAGUGGCAGCCCUCACCACGUGCUGCCACCACCUUCCAGCCCACCACGAACAAUAAACGCCACGUCUUCAACCCACCCCAGAAUGGCCGUGCUGCGAAGGGCCCCCCCACCCCGAGGGCAAACCAGCUGGAAAGGUCAUUGCUGUGGAUGGUUCAUGCAGAGGUUGGGCCAUUGAGGGUCCCACCAGCCUUUGGGCAGUGC